UACGCUGGCAGGUGUCAUGGCGGCCUCGGGGAAGCUCAGCGAUCUCCGGGAUCCCAAUGCCCUGUUUGAGGCUCACAGCGCCGAGGAGAUCCGAGGUCUGGAGCGGAAGGUGCGGGCCGAGAUCGAGCAUAAGAAAGAGGAGCUGCGGCAGAUGGUCGGGGAGCGCUACCGGGACCUGAUCGAGGCGGCGGACACCAUCGGGGAAAUGCGGCGGAGCUCAGGCUUGGUCCUGGGGGCUGUACGGGACAUGGAGCGCUACUGCGGGGGACUAAAGGGAAAGCAGGGGCCAACCGGGAGCCAACGUGACAGCAAGACCUCCAAGUCCCAGGAGAAAUUCUACAGCUCCGCCGCCCAGAUCCGACUGCUGCUGGAGAUCCCUGACAAGAUCUGGAGCGCGAUGGAAGCGUCUCAGUACCUGCAGGCUACUCAGCUCUACCUGCUCUGCUGCCACCUGCACAGCCUCCUCCAGCUGGACUCCUCCACCUCUGUCUACAGUCCGAUCCUUUCUAGGUUCCCCAUUCUCAUGCGCCAAGUGGCUGCUGCCGGAGUCUUCCGGUCCACCAUCCUGCAGGAGAGCAAGUCCUUACUGAAAUGUCCUUCUGCCUCCGACCAAGCCGUGGCAGAGGCUCUCUGCUCCAUCAUGCUUCUGGAGGACAGCUCUCCACGCCAGGCUCUCGCUGAAUUCCUGCUUUCCAGAAAAGCCGGGAUCCAGCAGCUCCUUAAUCAACCUCUUCACAGCUCGGGAAUCAAGGCCCAGGUGUGUUCACUGGUGGAACUGUUGGCCAACACCUUAUACCAGGCUCAUGCUCUGUUUUACACGCAGCCUGAGGAUGUGCCCUCCGAUGUCGGACUCCCCUGCGGACUCCUGUUUUCUACGUUGGAGACGGUCACUGGACAGCAAGCAGGCGGAAAAGGUAUCACAGUUCUAAAGGAAGAAAUGAAAUCUGUUAGCUGGUUCAAAUACCUCCCGCCGUCCAUAGUGGAUUUUCAGCCCACGUUGAGGACGUUGGCGCAUCCCAUAAGCCAGGACUACCUUCAGGAAACCCUGCAACAGUGGAUCAACAUGUGCAACGAAGAUCUCAAAUCCGGCAUCUCUUCCCUGCUUGUGUACGUGAAGAGCCUGAAGGGGCUGGCCGGGAUCCGAGAUGCCGUGUGGGAGCUCAUGACCAGCGAGUCAAUGAGCCAGAACUGGAACAAGGUCUGCAAAAGACUCCUAGACCGACCGAUCCGCUUCUGGGAAGACCUUCUGCAGCGGAUAUUUUUGGAAAGAUUGCAGACGUUGAUCAAGGAAGGCUUUGAAUCUAUAUCCAGCUCCUCUGUGCAGCUUCUGGUGUCCUCGCUGCAGGAGCUGGAAGGGAAUCCAGAAACCUACAAACAUAUCCAGCACGAAAACAACAUCUGUUCCUUCCUUUGGUCGGAGAACCCGGGCGACCUGCCCUCAGAUGCCGCGUGGGUGAACGUGGGAAGCCGCGUGUCGCACCACAGAAGCGGCUUGUCUCUGAAAGCCCAAGCAGUCACUCCGUGCAUUCAGAACUUCUGUACUGCCCUGGACUCCAAGCUGAAGGAGAAAUUGGAAGACCUUUUCUCCUACUUGCCCCGGGAUUUACCUGAAACUCCGCUUCAGAAUGACUCUCUCACAACAGCAGCCAAGCUGUCUGCUUUCGACAGGUACAGCGAUGCCACCACGGUGCAGGAGAUGUUGAGACGCCAUUGCCUGUCUUGUAUGGAGACCAUCCAGAACUCUAUCACAGUACAACUGCAGAAUGCAGAACGGACUAGGCCAGCAGAAGAGAAGACGGCGCUGUUCAGCCCCAAGCUUUGCGCGGUUCUUUUCUUGGCCAGGCUGUGCCAGUCGAUGAGCGAACUGUGCCCGCACUUGAAGCAAUGCAUUGUGGGGAAGUCUGGCGGCUCGGAACAGAUUACUCGGGAAUCGCGGUCUUCCAAGAAGCCAGGAAAAGGGAAAACCGCAGAUGCGGCCCAGGCGACUUGCAAGUGGCAGGAGCUGAAAGACAAGAUGAUCAACCAGUCCCUGGAUGCGUAUCGCAUUUGGAAUUCCGCUGUGGUCAAAAAUCUCGUUCAUUCAUUCGCACGCUCCCUUCUGCAGAACAGCGCGGGAACGUCGCUCGCCACCGCCACCUACUGGGAAGAGAUCGAAAUUCAAGAGGAGACCGAGGCUGGGAGCAGCGUGACCUCUAAAAUCCGUCUCCCUGGACAGUGCUCCUGGUACAUCCAGACUCUCCUGUUCAGCCUGUGCCAAGCAGUGAACCGCGUAGGGGGACACGCUCUGCCCAAGAUCACCCUGCAGGAGCUGAUGAGGAGCUGUCUGGAGGAAGUCCUCAGCACCUAUGAGAGGCUUUGUCAGGAAGCCGUGGGCAAGCACAAAAAAGCGACCUCCCUCACCCAGAGCAGAGCCCUGCAGCUUCUCUUCGAUCUCCGUUACAUAAACCUCGUCCUUAGCGCUCGCUCAGACGAUGUGAAGAAGAGCAGGGAAAGUCAGAGAGUUCAGCAGGUCGCCGACCAGUUGGAAAGCUGCAUCGACCCCUUCGACCUGGACGUCUUCACCCCGCACUUGAAUGCAAAUCUGAACCGUCUGGCUCAGCGAACCUCAGUCUUAUUUGGGUUACUGACCGGAGCAGAAAGCCAGUUUACCGGUAGGAGCUCCACAUCAGGACUGCAGGAAACACACAACGUGCUGCCGUUGGCAUCCGGUCAGAUACGGUUCGGGCUUCUACCGCUCAGUAUGUCGAGCUCGCGGAAGACGAAAGCAUCGAGCAGAUCCGCGGAGGACGUGAAAACGCAGGCGUCCAUCAUAACUCCAGUGCAGGAAGAGGAAACCUUCCGCCCGGGCUCCUUGUUCAGACAGCUGGCCACGCAGGAAGAAGACACGCAAUCCCCCUCGCUCUUUAAGCUGGGGUGGCUUUCCAGUAUGACGAAAUAACGCCUUCUCAGAGCUCCUGCGCACGGCGAAAAACUUUGAGUAAAUUAAAUAAUUUUAUUGUGCAAUAAACUCUCUCUGGAUUGGUCCACCUGGUUGCCG